GGACCAUGAGGAAGCAGAGCGUGCGCACGGCCGCGCUGGUCCUCUGCAUCCUGUCCUACCUGCUGGUGGGCGCCGCCGUGUUCGACGCGCUGGAGUCGGAGGCGGAGAGCGGCCGGCAGCGGCUGCUGGCGCAGAAGCGGGGCGAGCUCCGCAGCAAGUACCGCUUCUCGCCCGAGGACGACCGCGAGCUGGAGCGCCUGGCGCGCCAGGCCGAGCCGCACCGCGCCGGCCGCCAGUGGAAGUUCGCCGGCUCCUUCUACUUCGCCAUCACCGUCAUCACCACCAUCGGGUACGGCCACGCCGCGCCGGGCACCGACUCGGGCAAGGUCUUCUGCAUGUUCUACGCGCUGCUGGGCAUCCCCCUGACGCUGGUCACCUUCCAGAGCCUGGGCGAGCGGCUCAACGCGCUGGUGCGGCGCCUGCUGCUGGCGGCCAAGCGCGGCCUGGGUCUGCGGCGGCCGCACGUGUCCACGGAGAACAUGGUGGUGGCCGGGCUGCUGGGCUGCGCGGCCACGCUGGCCCUGGGCGCCGCGGCCUUCGCGCACUUCGAGGGCUGGACCUUCUUCCACGCCUACUACUACUGCUUCAUCACGCUCACCACCAUCGGCUUCGGCGACUUCGUGGCGCUGCAGAGCGACGAGGCCCUGCAGCGCAAGCCGCCCUACGUGGCCUUCAGCUUCCUCUACAUCCUCCUGGGGCUCACGGUCAUCGGCGCCUUCCUCAACCUCGUGGUCCUGCGCUUCCUGGCGGCCAGCGCCGACAGCCCCGAGCGCCCCCCGGGCCGGUACCCCCGGCCCCGGCCUUCCCCGUCCAUCUCCUACUGCGUCCAGCAGCGGGAGCUGGGGGCCCGCGACAAUCUGGGCUUCUCGCCCCCCGUGAGCCCCAAGCGGGGGUGUGGGGGCAGGCGCUGCGGGCCCCCAGCCAGGCGGAAGUCCAUCUGA